AUGGCAGCCUCAACUUCAUCACCCCGCAAACUACUCGAUCUUAUCACCGACAUUGAUAAUGUCCCCUUGGAUUUUGAAACAAACUUCUCCCCCUACUAUCGUCUCUACCUUGCCCCGGACCCUCGCCCUCAUGGCUUCAUUCACCCAGACACGGUAUCCUCCAUGUCAUGGCCCACCACAUUCGCCAUCAACCACGAAACUCGCGAAGUGACCCUCACGGAACCACCUACUUCCCAAUCUCUUACAGAACAUGCCAACUCAUCAUUCCAAAAGGCUGUUGAUAAAGCCAUUGACGAUGAUCUAUUCCCAAUUCUUCACAAGGAGCACAGCGAGUACUUUCGUAUAGUCGGUGCGAGGAGUUUUGUCCAAGUUGAGAGAUUCGCUGCGCCGUUGUUCGGUAUCGCUACCCGCGGUGCGCACUUGACGGGUUAUGUUCGUGAUGAACAUGGAGGAAUCAAGAUUUGGGUUGCGCGAAGAAGUCGACAUCUUUUUAGUUAUCCGGGUCUUCUCGACAGCACCGUCGCAGGCGGUAUCAAAGCAAGCGAUACACCACUUGCUUGUAUAGAAGCCGAGUCCACCGAAGAAGCAUGUCUUCCUCCAGACCUUGUGUCAACCGCCCUUGAGCCCGCAGGUGCUAUAACACUCGCCAACAUCAACGCCAAGUCAAAGCUCUUCCAUUCGGACAUCAUCUACGUGUUCGACCUGGAGAUGCCGGCUGAUGUAAUUCCCCGACCGGGAGACGAUGAGGUUGAGGAGUUCGUGCUUAUGGAGUGUGGGGAGGUUGUUGAGAGGAUGUUGAAGGGGGAGUUCAAGCCGAAUGUUUGUCCUGUUAUGAUUGACUUUCUUGUUAGGAGGGGCUUUGUUACGGAGGAGAAUGAAGAGGACUUCGAGGAGAUUCAGAGGAGGUUGAGAAGAGAUAUUCCCGUGCCUAUGGAGUCGGAUGUGUAG